AUGUGGAUUGCUCACGUGGCCAUGGCGUUGCUGAUGCGCCUCUUUAUCUGCUGCCUUCUGAUCCUGCUUUCAGUGUCAAAUGUUUCAGGCUGGAAAACCAGCGGUUCAUUUGAUUCCGUCGCUGAAACUGCACAACAAGCGAGUAUUGAUCCUCUGCGCUCUGCUGAUUACACUGGCCAGUUCUUGCAAUGCGUCAAACCCUUCAAACACAACGCCGACCCCACCACGCACUGUCUCGCCCGCAGCAACUGUUUCCGUCCAAUCUAA